AUGCCUAUUAUAAAACUUUUUAUUUACGUGAGACGGUUUUCUAUUUCAGAUAUAAAAAGCGAAGUUUACUUCAAAAUAACAACAGCGGAUGAUGGCACCAAAGACUUCACUUGUACGAUCUGCCAGCACGUGUUUAAGAAGAGACAGAAUUUCUCCCAGCACUACAAACAUGUACAUUUAAAACAGAGACCGAAACUACGCAGUUGUCACAUGUGUGACGUAAAAGUUCCCGCGUAUAUGAGGGCAUUUCAUAUGGAGGAGCACGGCUUGCCAGCGCCAUCUUGCGGCGCGUGCGGCAAAAAGUUCUCAUACCCUUUCCAAGUGUUACAGCAUCAGAAAUAUUAUCAUAUGGGCGAGAGGAAAUUCGCUUGUGAUUUCUGUGACCUAAGAUUCAGAUCUCGUUACGGUCUGACGAAGCACACGAUAAAGCAUACGGGCGAGAGAUCAUUUAAAUGCGAUUUAUGUGACAAAGGAUUUAAAUGGAAGAAUAAUCUCCGGAUACAUCUCAUGAUGCAUCUCAACGAUAAACGGCAUGUGUGUACCGUGUGUGAGGAGGCGUUCGUUCAGACGAGUAGCUUAAAAUAUCAUAUUGUAAAACGUCACCCGGAUUUAGUGUAA